CGGGCACCAUUGCUCGGAGUGCGAGGAACGAGACGCACUAUCGCGGAGGGUGCAGAGGUCUAGCUGUCUCACGGAGAGAAAGAGCAUCCUAACAAUGGAUGGUUGGGAGAUCCUUAUGUAUGUUACUGUUGGAGGACACUACGUGUUCACAAUUUUCUUCGGCUACGGUCUCUCCUUGUACAUAGAAAGUACAAGGAGAAAGUGAUACGGAGGAGAGCUCUGGCAAGUUACCAUCUGACCGACGCUUCUUUGCCUCGUUCAAUGUGAUAGUUUAAAUGACAUAGUCUACUCUUUUGCUUUGACGAUGUAAUGCGGUAAGCACAAUUGGAGAGUGCACUGUGAUGAAUAGCCUAGUUUAAAGCUUGCUUUGCAGUAGGAUAAAACAGUCACGGUUUAGAAACUCUCCUCAUCUUAGUGUAUGUUAGUAUAUCAACAUAGUCGAGUCAGCGCUGAAGCAGUUGCGACGGGCAACAUUUACCCUGCAUGAAGACACCACUCUUCGCUGAGCGUUCCUAACUGGAGUCGAGUUCGUUUUUUUGCACAUUCGUGCCACAGCGUACCGUAGCGCUCGAAAAUCCCAUCCUGGACCGGGAGCGCCUGCUGCAUUAAAGCACCUUUUAUCGGAUUGUACCCUUGGGCUCUAGCUCUCUCAAGCGAUUACACCCACCUUUUUUUACAGAGAAAAUAGCUUAAAGCCACAAUUCCCAUCGGAAAACCGUUAGAAAACGUUGUCUGCUAGAUUGUAUGUCGCCCGCAGCUGUGCGCGUAAAAUUGUGCAUUAGUGAGGGAAGUGUGCGAGUGCGAGAGCUUUGAGACGGGGGCAGUAGGGGUGGCCCUUGCUCUCUGGUCCAGGACUGUGAGGGAAGAUUUGCGGGGAGGAUACACUUUGACGCACUCACCACCACCACCUCGGCCAUCAUGGCUCUGCCGGACAACUCCAGCGGCUUGCCUGUGGAGGAGGUGCCUUUCCCGGAGAUUGUGGAGCUGAACGUGGGCGGCCAGGUGUACAUCACGCGCUACGCCACGCUGAUCAGCGUGCCCGACUCGCUCCUGUGCCAGAUGUUCAGCCAGAAGAGCACCAAGGGCCUGGCGCGCGACACCAAGGGCCGCUUCUUCGUGGACCGCGACGGCUUCCUGUUCCGCUACAUCCUGGACUACAUGCGGGACCAGCAGCUGGUGCUGCCCGACCACUUCCCCGAGCGCGGCCGGCUGCAGCGCGAGGCCGAGUUCUUCAACCUGCCCGAGCUCGUCAAGAUGCUGGCGCCCAAGAUCAGCAAGCAGAACUCGCUCGGCGACGACGGCUGCCAGAGCGACCCCGAGGAGUCCUCCCCGAGCGCCGACGUGGCGGCCCGCAACCUGGCCACGCUGGGCGCCGCCGCCGCCGCCGCCGCCGCCUGCGCCAGCCUGGCGUCCAGCUCGGGCGACGGCAAGCGCUCGGGCUUCAUCACCAUCGGCUACCGCGGCUCGUACACGCUGGGCCGCGACAGCCAGACGGACGCCAAGUUCCGGCGCGUGGCGCGCAUCAUGGUGUGCGGCAAGACCUCGCUGGCCAAGGAGGUGUUCGGCGAGACACUCAACGAGAGCCGCGACCCCGACCGGCCGCCCGAGCGCUACACGUCGCGCUACUACCUGAAGUUCACCUUCCUGGAGCAGGCCUUCGACAAGCUGGCCGACGCCGGCUUCCACAUGGUGGCCUGCAACUCCACGGGGACCUGCGCGUUCGCCCACGAGCAGACUGACGACAAGAUCUGGACCAGCUACACCGAAUACGUGUUCUACCGUGAGUGAGACAAGACGCUUCAACCCCCCCCCCACCCAAAUCCCCCCAUGCCCCCUGCCCGCAUACCACCUCCAGAAAACACCCCCCACCCGCACCCCCCCUCGCCCUUCGUCCCUGCCCCCCUCCUGUGACUCUAUCUCGUCCCCUCCAGAGCCCACAUCCUUGACGGCUUGCUCCUCUAGUUUUAGAUCGUGGGGGGGGGGGGGGGCUGUUUAGACAUUUUGACCUCCCCACCUCCGUGUCCUACGAGAGCCCCCGCCACCCUCCUCAUCUCUGCCCCCUCGUAGCUUGAGAUCCCGCCCGAGUGUGCUACGGCUCUGCCCACCUGACGCUUCUUUACCUGCGGCCGGGAGAUGUCUGGCCGCCUCCAACUUUCCCCGCUGCAAGGUGUCUGCCCACCUCUGCAUCCCAUCCUUUUUUGCUCAGACAGAGAAACUGCAUCCUGCAACCUUCGCCUGUUUACUUGUUACGUGGUUACGUUUCCUGGCCUCCUUGUUUUGGUUGAAGCACAAAAAAAUUGUGACAGUGAGCUUGUUUUUAUUUUUCUCUAUCUCUCUCUUCUCUCUCUCUCUCUCUCUCUCUCUCUCUCGCUCUGUUAUCUCUCUGGUGACGUCUGUGGUUUGGUUCAGAGUUUCUCUGUAUUGACAGCUGUGUAUGUGUAAGAAACAAACAAACAAACGGAGAAAAAAUAAAUAAAUAAAAACUGGCAGUAGAGCCACACGAAAAAGGGCUUAGAGGAGUGAGUGUUGACCCCAGCAGCUGUGACUAUCCACAAAACCCAACGCUUCUCAUCUGACUACCAAAUAUUUGGGACACCUCGCCAGUGUUUUUUUCCCCCCUCCUAUUUCUCUUCCCAGAAAGUCGGCCAAGCUUCCCGACAUGCACAAGAGGUGCUUCUCCCUCUCUCUCCCUCUCUCUCUUCCUCUCUUGCUCUCUGCCUGUCGCUCGAUUUAGUUUCAACAACAAUAUUUUUUACAACGUCUCUGGGACCAAAGCUGUCAAGCUGUGCAAAUGCUUAGACCAUUAGGGGAAGGAGACCUUUACAAACCACCCCCUACUCUUUGAAGUAGGUGGACCAAUCUGUCAGAUCUCAAAAUGUGGCUAGUUGCUCCAUGUAAAUAAAGGACAGUGGUUGCUAUGAUACGAGGAACACAGAUCAUACCGGGCGUGCUUAAAAGCAAGGAAAUAGAGGCGAGCUAUACACAAAGAAUCUCACAUUGUAUCUGAAGAGCCUUCUCUACACACACUCUCUCUCUCUCUCUUAUAGAGACAUUUAUCUGUAUUGGUGGUUGCUAAAAUAGAUGUUUACCACAGUAAAAUAUUGUUUGAAUUGUGUGUGUGUGUGUGUUUGUGUGCGUGCACAUGUGUGUGUGUGUGUGUGUGUGCGCGUGUGUGUGUGAGCGCAUUUGUGUGUUGAUGUGCAUUUGAGCGCGCACACUAUACAUGUUUGCAUGUAGGUGAAUGUCUGUGAGUGAGAGAGUGUGUUUUUUGUGUAUGCUGAGUGGAUGGACAAACACACACUGCAUAAAGUGUGAGACAGAAGAGAGAACAGGGAUCAAGUUGUCUUGUUGGAAGCAGCCAAAGAAAAAGCCCCUUUGGUUGCCCGCUGUUGCUGAUGAACUGCUGGUAUUGAUUGUGCAAUGAGGCGUUCAGCACUCUAAUCGCCCACACACAGAGCAGAGAAGUGAAAUGUUCGUCACACACAUACACGCACACACACACACCGGCACACAGACAUACACAUACACAUACACACAGACAUACACAUACACAUACACAUACACAUACACAUACACACACACACACACACACACACACACACACACACACACACACACGCAAAUGCACCUGCACACAGACAUACGAAUACGCACACGCACACACACACACACACACACACACACACACACACACACACACACACACACACACACACACACACACACACAACCACAAAUAGAUUCAUAGAUUCAUUUCCCUGCUCCUCUCAUCAUGAAUGUAACAGUUUGGCUGAUCAAAGGGGAAGGAUUUUUAUUCGCUUUUUAUUAUCCUUAUUAUUAUGUGUAUUUUUUUUCUUUUUUGCUGUGAGGAAUCAUUUGGAUGAUGGUUGGCCUCUUUUGUUGGCCAAUCGCCAGCCAUUUUUGAAACUUUUUUUUUCAUGAGAGUAAAUCUGCAUAUUACGUUUAGCUUUGAAGAUAUUUUACUUCUGUGUAUUGUGAUAAUAGUUCUUUCGUACAGUCUGUGAAGAGAAGUUUCCAAAGUUUCCCAUUUUUUUCUCUUUUUCAUUCACACUGUAGCAGCAGUGUGGCUGGUAUAUUAUGUUUUUGUUUUUGAAAUUAAACUUUUUUAAAAAGCAGGUUUUAGUGGUGAGGGUAGAGCAUACUGUUUCAGGUGAUCCCCUCAGGACAAUAACAGCAUCCUUUACCUCAGUAAAAGUACCACAUGACACAUUAAUAGCACACAUAAAUAGCACACAUACUGUACACACACACACACACACACACACACACACACACACACACACACACAAUACCAGGAAUGUGUGGUCAUUCAUUGUUAUCCUUUAUCAUUAUGAGAUCCAAUAACAAUAACACAAUAUGUUUCACCCUUUGCCUAAGGCGAUGGUUCCCCUCACAAAGACGAAUCAGUGGUGUUAUCACAUUAUGAGACACAUAACGUAACGUCGAGCUUGCUCGUUAUUGAAAGUGCCAUUUAUUGUAAUUGCUGAAGCCUGAGGAUAGCGUCAGCCUAGCAUCUGUUCACAGUGGUGUUUGUGUGCAGACUAAAUCUUAGUGUCAAACCCAUAACAUGAAUAAAAAAAACUUUUAAUCUAUUAAAAAAGCUAUUAUUUUUUUGUCAUCUUUUUUGUCAAAUGGUUACAUGCUAAAGUUUUUUGUAAUAUUUUUCCUCUAUAUUUGUAUUCUUUCUCAUUUUUUACAUCUAUUCAUCAAAAAGUGCUUUGUUAAUAAAUAGAGAAUAAUGUUAUUAUUGAGAAAGAUUUAAGAUGCGGUGAUGAUUAGGUAAUACCGUGGAUAACUUCAGCACUACGUGGCUGAACAUUUGCAACAGUACUGUGUUUUUCUUUUCUCCAGUUUAUGAACAUUUACCAGUUUUUCAGUUUUUCUUCUUUGUCGCGGCGCGUAGAGUGGAGGAGAUAAUCCUUGCAGUAUUUGUUAUUCAGAAAUAUGUUGAUGUAAAUCUUUCUGGCCGGUGUGAAUGGCAACUAUUAAAAAUCUGUUACAUCCUAA